AUGCUCUUGUUUCAACUCUCACUCCCUCAGCUAGAACCUGGACACGAGUCCUCCGAUACUACUGGAGUGGAUGCAGGAAGACAAGGUUCCUCUGCUACUGUCGACUUGAAUGCAGGACUAUCUGGAGGAGAACAUACCUCAGAAGAUCAAGGGAACCCCAAUGUUACUCAGGAGACUGCAGAUGGAGACACCAAUGUUAUCCUUGCGGGAAUGUCUGGGAAUGGACAACAACAACCGAGUCCAGGGCGCAACAAACCAAAUGCGGGAGACCCACAAAAUGACAAUUCGCCCUUUGAGCAGGAAUCUAUCAACCUCAUGGACAACAUCAUUGAAAGCUUUCAGAGAAAGGAGGUUAUGAAGCUCAAAGCCCUAUCAACGAGUGGUCCCUACCACUUUUAUGAUAAAACACUGGCAGCUGCCAGCACAGCGAUUUGGUCACUGCCUAGCUUUUUUAUGAAAUGA